CCGAAUUUUGUUUUUUUCAAUCAGCCUGGUAAUUUUUAAGGAGUAAAUGUUAAGGUCGUUGGUGGAAGUGUUACAAACACAUUGUAUGUUAUCGUGAUACAAUUUAGUAUAUCCAUGAAGAAUGCGUGAAAUGGAUAAAGAUGGUGAAGUACAGGACGUCAGAUGUCUCUGGUCUACUCUUCUUCAUGAAGUCACUGACAAAGCAUCAGCUGGUCUUUCAUCUUCAAAAAACCUGGUUGUUUUCGGGGAUGAAAAGUGUGGAAAAUCAACACUGAUCUCUCGACUUCAAGGUUCAGAAGAUAUGAAGGAAGGAUUUGGACUGGAAUAUCUUCUCAUAGAUAUAAAAGAUGAAGCAAGGGAUGCCAUCACUAACCUUAGUGUUUGUAUUUUGGAUGGAAAUCCUGUCCAAAGUUAUCUGCUAAAAUAUGUUAUCACUGAGGACACCUUCGAUGACCAAAUGGCUUUGAUUGUUGUCAGCAUUGGAGAACCCUGGAAGAUGAUUGAAACUUUAGAGAAAUGGGCAGAUAUACUCGCAAAACACAUAGAUAAACUUAAACUCUCAGAGGAGAAACUGAAGACUCGUAAAUCGAAAAUUUUAAAGGAAUUUUACAAUUAUCUGGAACCAGAAGCGCUUUCUAAUCCAGCCACCAAUCCUGUAAACCUAGCUUCUUUUUCGUUCUCCAGUAUGUCUGAAACAUCAUGCGAAACGUCACCUGAAUCCCCACCUGCACAUACCACUAAUACCUAUCCAGAAGAAAUUCAUGAGCACAAUGUAAUGAAUAACAAUCUCGGUGUACCACUCAUUGUUGUUGUGACAAAGACAGAUUUAAUGAAAACUAUGGUCAACGAGAAAGAAUAUACAGAAGAACAUUUUGAUUUUAUACAAAUGCAUAUACGCAGAUUUUGUCUUACGUAUGGAGCUGCGUUAUUUUAUGUAUCAGUGAGAGAGGACCUAAACUGUGACCUACUAAAAAGUUAUAUUCAGCAUCGUCUUUACGGACUUCCUUUCAACCAUAGUCCAUAUGUAGUUGAAGGUAACUGUAUUUUCGUUCCGGCAGGCUGGGAUAAUCAUAAAAAAAUAAAUAUCUUGGGUGAAAACUUAACUACGAUCAAUCCAGAAAGCCCCUAUUCUGCAGUUGUACCAAGACCAAUACCACGUAAAACAAAUAACAGAGAACCAGAGAUAGUCCCUGUAGAUGAACAGGCCUUUCUUCUUCGACUGUCAAUGAUUAAAGAUCAAGAGAACAUAGAACCUGGUAUGUUAAAAGAUCUAUUAGGACCUAGUGGACCAGAUUCUGUUCUACGACAACCAGGGAAUACUUCAAAAAAUGUACCAGUUAUAAAACCUGCUGACGAUGGUAACCGGUUAACAAACAGUCCAACUAACAUGUUUCGCCCUAAAGUUCCUCAGGGAAAUUCAUCACUUAACCUACCAAAUAGUGGUACUUCGGACGGUGUGCUUGCUGAUUUUUUCUCAAAGUUACUUAAAAAAAGACCAACUGCAGGUGGUACUGUUGGAGAUGCACCUACUUCUUCAACUAGUGAACUUCAGUUAUCUAAAGUUGAAGAAGCAAAAGUGCUAAAAGAAACAGGAGAAACAGUAGACAAAAUAAAUAAUAAUACUCCAAAUAUCAAGGGGGAGGACUACACAAUAACACAGACACAGGAAAAUCAAAAUGGAGAAUAUCAUAAAGCUGACGAAAAAAUCAAUUUACGCCAAAAUGAAAAUAAACAGCAGAGAGAAAACGAAAAAAACAAGGGAGAAGCGAACAACAGAGAAGAAAAGGAAGAAAAAGAAUACGGAAAUAUCAUCGAAGAAAAAAUAUAUGAAAUUCAAAACGAAAACGCACCAGUCGUUGCCUCCUCCGUGAAAUCAUCUCUCGGGAGCACACCAGAUAUCAAUGGGGAAUCGAUGGCCACUGACGAGAUAUCUAGUCUCAUCUCCGAGAAAGCAGAGAAUUCGCCCGAACACUCCGAUUCCAUAGCUGACAUCAAAAUCGACGAAAUCUCUAACAACAACACGACCGACAGUGGUCUCAAGUCUCAGAUGGACGACAUCCAGCUAACACGGAGUGCUGACGCACCAAUCGUUGCCUCCUCCGUGAAAUCAUCUCUCGGGAGCACACCAGAUAUCAAUGUGGAAUCGAUGGCCACUGACGAGAUAUCUAGUCUCAUCUCCGAGAAAGCAGAGAAUUCGCCCGAACACUCCGAUUCCAUAGCUGACAUCAAAAUCGACGACAUCUCUAACAACAACACGACCGACAGUGGUCUCAAGUCUCAGAUGGACGACAUCCAGCUAACACGGAGUGCUGACGCACCAAUCGUUGCCUCCUCCGUGAAAUCAUCUCUCGGGAGCACACCAGAUAUCAAUGUGGAAUCGAUGGCCACUGACGAGAUAUCCAGUCUCAUCUCCGAGAAAGCAGAGAAUUCGCCCGAACACUCCGAUUCCAUAGCUGACAUCAAAAUCGACGACAUCUCUAACAACAACACGACCGACAGUGGUCUCAAGUCUCAGAUGGACGACAUCCAGCUAACACGGAGUGCUGACGCACCAAUCGUUGCCUCCUCCGUGAAAUCAUCUCUCGGGAGCACACCAGAUAUCAAUGUGGAAUCGAUGGCCACUGACGAGAUAUCUAGUCUCAUCUCCGAGAAAGCAGAGAAUUCGCCCGAACACUCCGAUUCCAUAGCUGACAUCAAAAUCGACGACAUCUCUAACAACAACACGACCGACAGUGGUCUCAAGUCUCAGAUGGACGACAUCCAGCUAACACGGAGUGCUGACGCACCAAUCGUUGCCUCCUCCGUGAAAUCAUCUCUCGGGAGCACACCAGAUAUCAAUGUGGAAUCGAUGGCCACUGACGAGAUAUCUAGUCUCAUCUCCGAGAAAGCAGAGAAUUCGCCCGAACACUCCGAUUCCAUAGCUGACAUCAAAAUCGACGACAUCUCUAACAACAACACGACCGACAGUGGUCUCAAGUCUCAGAUGGACGACAUCCAGCUAACACGGAGUGCUGACGCACCAAUCGUUGCCUCCUCCGUGAAAUCAUCUCUCGGGAGCACACCAGAUAUCAAUGUGGAAUCGAUGGCCACUGACGAGAUAUCUAGUCUCAUCUCCGAGAAAGCAGAGAAUUCGCCCGAACACUCCGAUUCCAUAGCUGACAUCAAAAUCGACGACAUCUCUAACAACAACACGACCGACAGUGGUCUCAAGUCUCAGAUGGACGACAUCCAGCUAACACGGAGUGCUGACGCACCAAUCGUUGCCUCCUCCGUGAAAUCAUCUCUCGGGAGCACACCAGAUAUCAAUGUGGAAUCGAUGGCCACUGACGAGAUAUCUAGUCUCAUCUCCGAGAAAGCAGAGAAUUCGCCCGAACACUCCGAUUCCAUAGCUGACAUCAAAAUCGACGACAUCUCUAACAACAACACGACCGACAGUGGUCUCAAGUCUCAGAUGGACGACAUCCAGCUAACACGGAGUGCUGACGCACCAAUCGUUGCCUCCUCCGUGAAAUCAUCUCUCGGGAGCACACCAGAUAUCAAUGUGGAAUCGAUGGCCACUGACGAGAUAUCUAGUCUCAUCUCCGAGAAAGCAGAGAAUUCGCCCGAACACUCCGAUUCCAUAGCUGACAUCAAAAUCGACGACAUCUCUAACAACAACACGACCGACAGUGGUCUCAAGUCUCAGAUGGACGACAUCCAGCUAACACGGAGUGCUGACGCACCAAUCGUUGCCUCCUCCGUGAAAUCAUCUCUCGGGAGCACACCAGAUAUCAAUGUGGAAUCGAUGGCCACUGACGAGAUAUCUAGUCUCAUCUCCGAGAAAGCAGAGAAUUCGCCCGAACACUCCGAUUCCAUAGCUGACAUCAAAAUCGACGACAUCUCUAACAACAACACGACCGACAGUGGUCUCAAGUCUCAGAUGGACGACAUCCAGCUAACACGGAGUGCUGACGCACCAAUCGUUGCCUCCUCCGUGAAAUCAUCUCUCGGGAGCACACCAGAUAUCAAUGUGGAAUCGAUGGCCACUGACGAGAUAUCCAGUCUCAUCUCCGAGAAAGCAGAGAAUUCGCCCGAACACUCCGAUUCCAUAGCUGACAUCAAAAUCGACGACAUCUCUAACAACAACACGACCGACAGUGGUCUCAAGUCUCAGAUGGACGACAUCCAGCUAACACGGAGUGCUGACGCACCAAUCGUUGCCUCCUCCGUGAAAUCAUCUCUCGGGAGCACACCAGAUAUCAAUGUGGAAUCGAUGGCCACUGACGAGAUAUCUAGUCUCAUCUCCGAGAAAGCAGAGAAUUCGCCCGAACACUCCGAUUCCAUAGCUGACAUCAAAAUCGACGACAUCUCUAACAACAACACGACCGACAGUGGUCUCAAGUCUCAGAUGGACGACAUCCAGCUAACACGGAGUGCUGACGCACCAAUCGUUGCCUCCUCCGUGAAAUCAUCUCUCGGGAGCACACCAGAUAUCAAUGUGGAAUCGAUGGCCACUGACGAGAUAUCUAGUCUCAUCUCCGAGAAAGCAGAGAAUUCGCCCGAACACUCCGAUUCCAUAGCUGACAUCAAAAUCGACGACAUCUCUAACAACAACACGACCGACAGUGGUCUCAAGUCUCAGAUGGACGACAUCCAGCUAACACGGAGUGCUGACGCACCAAUCGUUGCCUCCUCCGUGAAAUCAUCUCUCGGGAGCACACCAGAUAUCAAUGUGGAAUCGAUGGCCACUGACGAGAUAUCUAGUCUCAUCUCCGAGAAAGCAGAGAAUUCGCCCGAACACUCCGAUUCCAUAGCUGACAUCAAAAUCGACGACAUCUCUAACAACAACACGACCGACAGUGGUCUCAAGUCUCAGAUGGACGACAUCCAGCUAACACGGAGUGCUGACGCACCAAUCGUUGCCUCCUCCGUGAAAUCAUCUCUCGGGAGCACACCAGAUAUCAAUGUGGAAUCGAUGGCCACUGACGAGAUAUCUAGUCUCAUCUCCGAGAAAGCAGAGAAUUCGCCCGAACACUCCGAUUCCAUAGCUGACAUCAAAAUCGACGACAUCUCUAACAACAACACGACCGACAGUGGUCUCAAGUCUCAGAUGGACGACAUCCAGCUAACACGGAGUGCUGACGCACCAAUCGUUGCCUCCUCCGUGAAAUCAUCUCUCGGGAGCACACCAGAUAUCAAUGUGGAAUCGAUGGCCACUGACGAGAUAUCUAGUCUCAUCUCCGAGAAAGCAGAGAAUUCGCCCGAACACUCCGAUUCCAUAGCUGACAUCAAAAUCGACGACAUCUCUAACAACAACACGACCGACAGUGGUCUCAAGUCUCAGAUGGACGACAUCCAGCUAACACGGAGUGCUGACGCACCAAUCGUUGCCUCCUCCGUGAAAUCAUCUCUCGGGAGCACACCAGAUAUCAAUGUGGAAUCGAUGGCCACUGACGAGAUAUCUAGUCUCAUCUCCGAGAAAGCAGAGAAUUCGCCCGAACACUCCGAUUCCAUAGCUGACAUCAAAAUCGACGACAUCUCUAACAACAACACGACCGACAGUGGUCUCAAGUCUCAGAUGGACGACAUCCAGCUAACACGGAGUGCUGACGCACCAAUCGUUGCCUCCUCCGUGAAAUCAUCUCUCGGGAGCACACCAGAUAUCAAUGUGGAAUCGAUGGCCACUGACGAGAUAUCUAGUCUCAUCUCCGAGAAAGCAGAGAAUUCGCCCGAACACUCCGAUUCCAUAGCUGACAUCAAAAUCGACGACAUCUCUAACAACAACACGACCGACAGUGGUCUCAAGUCUCAGAUGGACGACAUCCAGCUAACACGGAGUGCUGACGCACCAAUCGUUGCCUCCUCCGUGAAAUCAUCUCUCGGGAGCACACCAGAUAUCAAUGUGGAAUCGAUGGCCACUGACGAGAUAUCUAGUCUCAUCUCCGAGAAAGCAGAGAAUUCGCCCGAACACUCCGAUUCCAUAGCUGACAUCAAAAUCGACGACAUCUCUAACAACAACACGACCGACAGUGGUCUCAAGUCUCAGAUGGACGACAUCCAGCUAACACGGAGUGCUGACGCACCAAUCGUUGCCUCCUCCGUGAAAUCAUCUCUCGGGAGCACACCAGAUAUCAAUGUGGAAUCGAUGGCCACUGACGAGAUAUCUAGUCUCAUCUCCGAGAAAGCAGAGAAUUCGCCCGAACACUCCGAUUCCAUAGCUGACAUCAAAAUCGACGACAUCUCUAACAACAACACGACCGACAGUGGUCUCAAGUCUCAGAUGGACGACAUCCAGCUAACACGGAGUGCUGACGCACCAAUCGUUGCCUCCUCCGUGAAAUCAUCUCUCGGGAGCACACCAGAUAUCAAUGUGGAAUCGAUGGCCACUGACGAGAUAUCUAGUCUCAUCUCCGAGAAAGCAGAGAAUUCGCCCGAACACUCCGAUUCCAUAGCUGACAUCAAAAUCGACGACAUCUCUAACAACAACACGACCGACAGUGGUCUCAAGUCUCAGAUGGACGACAUCCAGCUAACACGGAGUGCUGACGCACCAAUCGUUGCCUCCUCCGUGAAAUCAUCUCUCGGGAGCACACCAGAUAUCAAUGUGGAAUCGAUGGCCACUGACGAGAUAUCCAGUCUCAUCUCCGAGAAAGCAGAGAAUUCGCCCGAACACUCCGAUUCCAUAGCUGACAUCAAAAUCGACGACAUCUCUAACAACAACACGACCGACAGUGGUCUCAAGUCUCAGAUGGACGACAUCCAGCUAACACGGAGUGCUGACGCACCAAUCGUUGCCUCCUCCGUGAAAUCAUCUCUCGGGAGCACACCAGAUAUCAAUGUGGAAUCGAUGGCCACUGACGAGAUAUCUAGUCUCAUCUCCGAGAAAGCAGAGAAUUCGCCCGAACACUCCGAUUCCAUAGCUGACAUCAAAAUCGACGACAUCUCUAACAACAACACGACCGACAGUGGUCUCAAGUCUCAGAUGGACGACAUCCAGCUAACACGGAGUGCUGACGCACCAAUCGUUGCCUCCUCCGUGAAAUCAUCUCUCGGGAGCACACCAGAUAUCAAUGUGGAAUCGAUGGCCACUGACGAGAUAUCCAGUCUCAUCUCCGAGAAAGCAGAGAAUUCGCCCGAACACUCCGAUUCCAUAGCUGACAUCAAAAUCGACGACAUCUCUAACAACAACACGACCGACAGUGGUCUCAAGUCUCAGAUGGACGACAUCCAGCUAACACGGAGUGCUGACGCACCAAUCGUUGCCUCCUCCGUGAAAUCAUCUCUCGGGAGCACACCAGAUAUCAAUGUGGAAUCGAUGGCCACUGACGAGAUAUCCAGUCUCAUCUCCGAGAAAGCAGAGAAUUCGCCCGAACACUCCGAUUCCAUAGCUGACAUCAAAAUCGACGACAUCUCUAACAACAACACGACCGACAGUGGUCUCAAGUCUCAGAUGGACGACAUCCAGCUAACACGGAGUGUUGACGCACCAAUCGUUGCCUCCUCCGUGAAAUCAUCUCUCGGGAGCACACCAGAUAUCAAUGUGGAAUCGAUGGCCACUGACGAGAUAUCCAGUCUCAUCUCCGAGAAAGCAGAGAAUUCGCCCGAACACUCCGAUUCCAUAGCUGACAUCAAAAUCGACGACAUCUCUAACAACAACACGACCGACAGUGGUCUCAAGUCUCAGAUGGACGACAUCCAGCUAACACGGAGUGCUGACGCACCAAUCGUUGCCUCCUCCGUGAAAUCAUCUCUCGGGAGCACACCAGAUAUCAAUGUGGAAUCGAUGGCCACUGACGAGAUAUCUAGUCUCAUCUCCGAGAAAGCAGAGAAUUCGCCCGAACACUCCGAUUCCAUAGCUGACAUCAAAAUCGACGACAUCUCUAACAACAACACGACCGACAGUGGUCUCAAGUCUCAGAUGGACGACAUCCAGCUAACACGGAGUGCUGACGCACCAAUCGUUGCCUCCUCCGUGAAAUCAUCUCUCGGGAGCACACCAGAUAUCAAUGUGGAAUCGAUGGCCACUGACGAGAUAUCUAGUCUCAUCUCCGAGAAAGCAGAGAAUUCGCCCGAACACUCCGAUUCCAUAGCUGACAUCAAAAUCGACGACAUCUCUAACAACAACACGACCGACAGUGGUCUCAAGUCUCAGAUGGACGACAUCCAGCUAACACGGAGUGCUGACGCACCAAUCGUUGCCUCCUCCGUGAAAUCAUCUCUCGGGAGCACACCAGAUAUCAAUGUGGAAUCGGGGGCAGCUCUGAAUAUGUCUCCUCUGGAUCCUGUAUUUAACGAUGAUGUUUCUCUUCAGUGUUCUGGCUCGGAUUCUGGCCUUUCGAAUGCUGAUUUUGCACCUGCUUUUUCGGAUGGGAAUUCCGGUGUGGUUUCUACUUUGUUAGGUGAGGAUAUUUCUGUUCCUUUGUCUACUCUUUCUCCUUCUACUGGCGGUACUUUUUCCACUAGUAAUCUCUCUAUGUCCUCUGGUUUGAGGACUUCUAAUUCUUCUCUUGCGAAAAAAAAUGUGUCAAAAUUACCGCGGAGUCAAAUGACGCCGUCCGCUUUGCCUAGUAAGCGAUCUUCAUUCAAGGGGUCCAUGGAGGUUCUUCGCGUUGAACCUCAUGCGAGCUCACCAGCACAGAAAUUCAGUUCUUCUCCUUCAAGUCCUAAUUUGUCACACAGGCUUGCACCAAAUAAGCGAACAUCGACAACGUCGUCAAAAUUGCCAGUAAAAUCUGGCUUAUCUUCUGCUCAGUCAAACUCUUCAAUAAGUACCAAGUCAAAAUUAACGAUGGCUGCUUCAAUAAAUUCUAAUGCAUCACCCAAUGUAAGCCGAAAAACAUCCUUUGGUUUGACGAAGGGGGAUACAUGAAAAUAAUAAGGAUUAUUCAUACUAUCACAGGAUUUCUACAGAUAACUUAAUAGUAUCCAAUUUUUUAUAUGAUAUAUUGCUUAAUCAUUAUUUCACAUUCUAUUUUUGAGUGGUGAAACGACAGGCAAUUAAACUUUUUAUAACUUUCUAAAUGAUGUUUGAAUUCAUUGAAUGUAUAAUACUUUUUGCCUACUAUUUUGGAAAAACUGAUAAGAGUAAAUAAUUUGUAAUAUUUAUUAUAACUUCAUUAUUUUAGUACGUAAUUCUUAAUGACUAGAUGUGGGAAUGAAGAUAUUGAAAUUAUUAAUGGUUGUUGUAGUG